CCGCCAUGUCUUCCGGUACACCAGACUACUCCUCUCUGCUUUCCACGCUCAAAUCUACCUCAGCAUGGACACCAGAAAACGAGGCGACGCUCCUCGAGCCAUACACCUACAUCACCGCGAAGCCUGGAAAAGAGAUCAGGGGCUUGAUGAUUGACGCGUUUAACGACUGGCUCUCCGUCCCUCCCGAGAAGCUUACCGUCAUCUCGCGCAUCGUGAGCAUGCUGCACAGUGCGAGCCUUAUGGUGGAUGAUAUCGAGGACGACUCGCAGCUGCGGCGUGGUCAGCCAGUAACGCACAAGAUUUAUGGUAUCCCACAGACCAUCAACACCGCCAACUACGUCUACUUCCUCGCGUACAAGGAGCUCUUCUUGUUACGGCCCGAUCCGUCCGAGCGCUCAGAACCUCAGCUUGGGCGGCUGGUGUCAGACCAUGACCUUGACGGGCUGGUCACAGAAGAGCUUCUCUCGCUACAUCGAGGACAGGGACUAGAGCUGCUGUGGCGAGAUUCUCUACAGUGUCCGACCGAAGAGGAGUACAUAGACAUGGUAAACAACAAGACCGGCGGGCUGUUUCGCAUAGCGAUCAAGCUUAUGAUGGCAUGCGCUACCAAGAACUACGACGUAGAUUAUCUCCCCCUGGUGAACCUAUUCGGCGUGUACUUUCAGAUACGAGACGACUAUAUGAAUCUGCAGAGCACCGAGUACUCGCAUAACAAAGGGUUCGCAGAAGACCUCACGGAGGGAAAGUUCUCCUUUCCAAUAGUACACAGCGUUCGCGCGGACACCAGCAAUAGACAAGUCCUGAACGUUUUGCAGAAGCGUCCUUCUACACCAACGCUCAAGCAUCAUACUAUCGAAUACCUCAGAACACGGACACGGUCUCUUGAUUAUACAUUUGACGUCAUCCAGACGAUCGAGAAGCAGGUACGAUCGGAGGUCUCACGUCUGGGAGGGAACGAGAAACUGGGACGCAUUUUAGACCAGCUUGAAGUUACGACGAGAGAUGGUGAACGCGCUGCUGGUGAGGCAAGCUAGUUCCGUGGGCUAGGGAUAGUCCAUGUAGAAGUAUCUUUCAACCCCUCAUCUUUAACUCCGCAUGAAAAACGAGCAUGCGCAGUGUCAUUGACACAACCACUGGUGUGGCUCUAUGUAAGUGAACUAUGUACGAAGUCGUCGAAAAAUGGUUACUAUCGUAAGAAGACUUGAAUCAG